CUGAGGCUGUUUAUUCAUUAUAACAGUGCAUGGUGUAAAGAUUGAGCCUUGUUGACCAGAGCUUCUGAGUGCUUUACAACAGUGCUGCUUCCAGGAACAGCAGUCUGUCCUUUCCCCAUCCCAUGGGAUCAUCCCCAGCCGCCCUGCUGGGGUGGCAGGCAUGUAUGGAUGUGGAAGCUGAGCUGGAUGAGUGGACUGGUUUGAUUUAGAACUAACUUUAAGCCUUUUUUUUAUUUUUUUUUCUCUCAGCAAUUAGUUUCAAACCAGAUCUGUUUUCCAGUUUAAUUCCCUGGGAAAAAAAGAUGCCCUGAGGAUUGGCUUUGUGCUGGCCUGGCAUUGGUAAAACUGGCCUGUGCUUUAGUCUGGGAAAGGUAAAAACCUUGAGCUUGGGUUAAAAUCUUGAGAUGCUCAAACCAGCACAUUCUGUGAGAUCUCUCAAGUGGUGUGGGUAAAACUUGGAGAUAAAACCAAUGAUGAAUUUGGCUUUCUGUGUAUGGAAGGGAUUGUUUGUCCUGGCUUAUAUUUGCUCUGUUUGUAGCUGUGUGUUUUGCACCAGCAGAGCUUGGUCUCAGCACAGACUCAAACACCUGUUUGCCAUUUUAAAUGUAACAUUUUUCAGAAGGCUUGGUUUUCACCGGGCUUGUGUGUGUUCAGCCCCUUCCAAAGUUCAGUUUAGUGUUAUUGUUAUUGUAGGUGCAGUGUUUGGAAUAUUGAGGUUGUUACAGAUACUGUCCUACUUCUGUGCUUAAGGAAUAUGAAAACUUGUUCAGAUAAACAAGUGGUAAAAAACAUGGUAAAUUGUUACCUGAAAACAUCAAAUGAGCUUUGUGAGGAGGAACAAAUUUUAGACAGAAAUUUACAGCUGCUUUACAUAAAUCUGCUGUUCCUUGUCACUUUCAUCUGAAUGUAAUUUUACUUUACAAGCAGGACUAAAAAUCUAAAUUUCCAGCAACUGUCUCCAAUAACUGCAAAAUGCAGGAAGGAAGAAUAUUAGUGGCUAUGCUGGCUCUCCUUUAUUUCUCUUUUUUUUAUUUUUUUCCCCAUAUUUCUUUGUUGCACGAUGAGAAUCUGCCUAAAUGAAGAGCUGUGGGGUGUUUUAAGAAAAAUGACUCUUUGUUUGCUCUGCUGUCAGCAGCUGCAGCUCCAGGGAUGCACUGCUGGCUUGUCUGGAGUGUUUGUCCCCAGCCAGGAAGCAGAAAUCUGCAGAGUUUGGGAUGCAGCAUCAUUGACAUUCCCGAGCCUAAGGGAUGUGUUAGAUGCCAGCAGGAAGCUGUGCUGUCAGCAGUGCCCAGGAUUGUGUUGGCAUUCUGGAGAAGUGAAAUCUCUGCCAUGUUUUUCUGUGCCCAGACGAUGCUGGGGACCUGUCAGAUGGUUCAUUCCUGGGAAGCAGAGGGGUUAGGGAAAGGCUCCUGGUUCCCAAGUGUCUCUCUGAACUCCAGUUCAUACAUCUUAAUGCACACCCACAGAUGCUUCAUGUGACUUGAAGCUGAAGGUAACACUUGUCACUCUUCCUGAACGCAGUCAUCUCAGAUGUUUGAGGAGAUUCAGGGGUAGAGGUCAAUGCUGAGUUGCUUGGACUGGGCAAAAAGUUUUUAGAUCCAUCAGAGAGAUUUUCUCCAGUGAUCCAUGCUUUGGUCCUCGUGUCACAGCCUGUGGCUGCAGCAUGGAAAUCCCUGGAGGCUGAUUUUCCCUCUGACAUAUUGGCUGCCUUUUAUACCUGAAAGUGUGUGCAGGUGUCACAUCAGGAACUUGGCACCCAUGGGAGCUGUGCUUGGUCAGCUGCCCAGCCUUCAGCCCUCUUUUUGAUCUUGGCCUGAUGAAUUUCUUUGUACAUGGGACUUUCCCAAAACGGGGCUUCAGUUAGGCUCAGAUUGUUUGUUCUUUGUUUUACACCCAGUAACUGUUGAAUUGUGUUAUUUUGCCUUUCUUUUGUGGUGACUUGUGUCACUCUGAGGUGGCUUUGAUGUGACCAGUGUUUGGAUUCUGUGAGAUGUUGCCUGUUCCUUUUUGAACACAAUCCUGUGGAUGUUUGUUGUCUGGCGUGGGAUUUAAAUUAAUAGCAACAUCUCCACAAAGCACUGGUGGAGAAUCAGGUUUUCUUGGCCUGGGCUGUUCUGAUUGUAUCUCUUGAAAAAACUCAGAAUUAUUUUGAAGUUCUACUAAGUUUUACCUGUGAUAUUAGAGACCAACGAGCUCUCUGUAUUUCAGUUCUGUAACACUUGGCACACUCUUUUCUAACACUUGUACAUCAAUUCCACUUUCUUGCUUGGCCAGUGCAAUAAACAAUGUUGAUAUUCGUACAAACUUUUAAACUGGAGGUAAAUCCAAACCUGAGCAUUGUUUCAUCAGGAGUAAUUUGUAAUGAGUGAGAAGAAUGGGUGCAUAAUUAUCUGACUUUUCCUUUCGGAAUUUUAACUACUUACUGUAAACUAUUUGUAGAAACACUAAAGUCACUUUUUCCUUAAUUUCUCUGGGACAGAUGCCUUUGCUGCUGAAUAAAUGCAUGUGUAAUUAUUAGCAUCCUUAAGAAGGAGGUGAAAUGUUGCUGAUUAUGGUCUUAUUCUUAUCAGUUGUGAUUGUGCCAAAUCCGAGCUGAGCCAGCUGCCACUGAGCUGUUGAGUACUGUCAGGUGCUCUCUGGAUGUGUGAAACUGAUUCUUCCCAGCAAAAGCAAAGCCAAGCCAGGAGGAUGGAUUUUUUUUGUCAGACACACAGAAUCUGCUCACCCUCUGCAGGAUGCUCCCCAGGAGAGCCGGCCCGUCAACAACGAGGACAGAGAGAUGUCCCAGCACGCCCUUCCCAGUGGUGAGGAUGAUGAGGAUGACAGUGACAGCGACAGCGAUGACGAUGACGUGAAGGUCACAAUUGGCAACAUCAAGACGGGAGCGCCGUCCUACAUGGGAACUCCUAUGAAUCUAAACUUAAAAACGGGUAGAGGCUAUGGAGCAUCAGCUUCAGCCAAGUUGCAGCCCAAAGGUAUUGACUUGGAUGCCGCAGGGAAUAUUAAUGGAUUGCCUGUGAUAGAAGUGGAUUUGGAUUCAUUUGAAGACAAACCGUGGAGGAAACCAGGUGCUGAUCUUUCUGAUUACUUUAAUUAUGGAUUCAAUGAAGAAACAUGGAAAGCUUAUUGUGAAAAGCAGCGGCGGCUUCAGCUGGGGCUGGACCCUGCUCCUCCCAUCAGCACUGAGAACAAGAUCACGGUUCAGCAGGGAAGAACAGGAAAUGCUGAAAAAGAAGUGGAAAACAACAUCAUCAAAACAGAGUUCAAAACAGAUUUCUUGGCUCUGGUGGGAGGACGAAUGAAGGCUGGGCCUCCUCCCAACAGGAAGCUGGGUGGGACCAUUGAUGUGAUCGGGGGCCAGGCAGGCACGAUCCGCAGGGUGGAAGGGAGACGUCGGGAUAAACACGCCACGGAGGAAAACCCCAUUCAGGUCCUGGGAGACCACGGCAGCAAGCCCCAGCCCCCCCAGCAGCCCCAGCAGCCCUCGCAGCCCCAGCAGCCUCCUCAGCAGCAGCCGUUCGCUCCACCAGCAGGGCCUCCACCUCCCCCGCUCGCCGGUCCUCCUCCUCCGCAUUUCCUGCACCCUCCUCCUCCAGUGACUUCUGUUCCACCUCCCCUGCAUCCUCCAGGCCUGCCACCUCCAGGUCCAAUUCCAGGGUUGUUCCCACCACCUCUGGCACCACCACCAGCUCUCCUCAUCCCAACCUUGGAUGGGCAGCCAGCCAGCUACAACAACAGGCAGCCACCUCCCUUUGGCUACAACUCUGCAGAUUCAGGUUUCAUCAGCUACCCCCCCAUCUCCACGUCCCACACGCCCUGGGUGACCACGGUGGACAAGGGCACAAGCAGCUCCAGCAGCAGCCACUGGGAAUACUCGGGCUCCAGGCGGGAGAGGGAGCGCGAGCGUGAGCGUGAACGGGAGAGGGAGCGAGACCGAGACCGCGACCGCACCCCGACCACCAGUGAAUACAACAAUGACGACGAGCGGUACCGCUACUACAGCCGCGAGCGCAGCUACGACUUCGAGCGCGAUUACCGGCGCAGCCGCGACCGCAGCCGCGAGCGCGAGGAGCGGCACCGCGAGCGCCGCCACCGCGACAAGGACGACGGCAGCAAACACAAAUCCUCCCGCAGGAAGCAGCACGAGAGCGAGGAGGGGGAGAGCCACCGGCGCCACAAGCACAAAAAGAACAAGCGGAGCAAGGAGGAGAAGGAGACCAGCGAGGACGGAGCCCAGGAGGGCGAGGAGCAGGACACCAAGGAGUGAGGCAGGCCCCCAUCAGCCCUCGGCAGGAACUCACUCCCGUGGAACCAGCAUGGCUUUGGUGAUAUUUUGCUUGGGGGGUGAUUUUUUUUUAUUAUUAUUUUUUACUUUUUUCCAAGGGAAGAGGCUGACUGGGUGAGCCGUGGCACAGCCGGCAGCGCUUCCGGAGCUGAGGCUGCACGUGCCCUUAAACUUCCUUUUUUUGUUUGUUUUUGAUACAAGACAAUACAGCAGUACUAGUUACAAAGCACUGAGCUACUCAUCCACAUCCCUAGGGAGAACUUUGGUGUAUCAGAUCCUAUGGUUUCUGAUGGAAGAUGGCUUCAGCUGAAACUAACGCAAUUAGGUCGUAGUUCUUGGUUCUUUUUGUCAUCAUCAUUCCUUUUUGAGAACUAGGACAGUAAGUGCAACUUGAAAUUUAUUGUCCAAAGAACAGUGUGGCUUAGAUCCCGGCAGCCAGCUUAGAGUCUGGCAUCCAGUAGUGAAAAGUCUCAUCCCCGAAUAAAUUUCUUUCUAGCUACAAAAACAGCUUCUGAUUUCUCCGUGGCCAGCUGGGCGUGUCAGGAGGAGCUGCAGGAUCUGCUCCAGGUGGGCACAGGGGCCUGCCUGGAUGUGACAGCUUCCAGAAGCUGCUGAGGGCGUUCACACAGCGUGUGCAGAGACUCCAAAACUGGCUUUUUUUAUCCAUUGCAAAGGUAGUUCUGUCACCUGGCACCUCUACGUGGGGAAUCAAUGAAGAUCCAUAGCAAGAGCAUGAAUUUCUCUUUAAUUCCUUUUGACUUAACUAUUUUAUUUCCUUUUUUUACUAAGAGUUGACUGAAUAACCUAGAGUGCAGUAGAGAACACCAAGUCCCAGUUAUAGCAGUUUGCCCUCAUGGGGUUGGCAUUUCUAUUUGGGUAUCACCAACACUCCUGUCCAAUGCAUUCCUUUCCCUUAGAUUCCAAAAUAAAUUUAGUCAAAUUCCAAAGUUUCUUUGGACUUAGUAUUGGUUGGGGAAAGGGCAACAGAGAUGUUUCUGGGUGGGAAGAACAGGGGAAAUAAUUUUGAGGGGUUUGGGUCUGUCUGGUCCUUAGGAUCUGCCCUUCUGUUCAUGUGACUCCACAAAUGUCUCAUUUUCCUUUGACUUGUUAUUUAAAACUGUCUGAAAUAUUUGUCCUAAAAUAAUACGGUUCUGAAAUGUUCUGUAUUUUUUGGUAUUGUAA